AUGCAUGCUAGAGUCUACAUAUGUAUAUCUUACCUUAGUACAUGUAUAUAUACCCAUCCUAACCCUGUAUCUCGUAUCAAAGUUCCCGGAUCAAUACUAGUGUUUCAAAAGGUCUUCAUAAGGGAAAUGUCUGUUGCAGUCAUCAGUGCCCUCGAUCUCGACUUCCUGCCUGGUGAUUUCAUUGAUAAGAUAAGAGAUCAGCAAUCUCCGACUCCGUCCGCCAACCCGUCAGUCAAUGAGGACAACCGUCCGUCACAAGCCAAGAGAAAGCAACGCCCCAGAAAGAAAAAGGUCCAGAAGAAAGCGAAGAUGAAUAAAAUGUCACAGAAAAAACGGAAGAUUGUGCAGACGACCACUUUGGCACCAGAACCUAGAGUUUUAAGAAAGCCCGAUAUUAAACCACGGAUUCCGAAUGUUAAACCCGAUAUAAGCCCGCGGAUGCAGAAUAUUCAGCCCGAUAUAAGCCCGCGACUUCAGGAUGUUCAGUACAAAAACAAAAAUGUGACGGAGUCUUAUCUCCUACCAUCCCGAAACCAGUUUUAUCAACAAACCGCUCAUCCUAAUGCUAUUUCUUCAUCAGUAUUGGACCAGAUACCUUUGUCCGCCCUAACACACUUGCUACCGGAAGUGCGAAACGUUAUCGAAUCGAGAAACACCAUUUACAGUCAUUGGCAAACGCCGGAGAAAACACAAAGCAGCCAACAGGUGCCCGUUGCUGUACAUCAGCCCAUGCUUUCUAACAUGGUCGUCAACUACAAAAAUCAGCGGACUAAGUUAUUGCCCCUGACGCCCUCCCAAUUUAGCAGAAUUAAUAACGACCCGAACAGAAAUGUUAUUCUUCGAAAUUUGAGAGACGUUCUUGGUGCAAAACCCUUUUCGAACACUUUGCAUAUGAAUGUGAAAUCCGGAAAUAUGAUGACGGAAGCAAGACCGAUGCAUGGUCAGAAUAUGGCUCAUAAUACUAUUAUUGACUCAAGCAUUCCAUUCCAAAGAAAAGGUCUGGGGCCGCUUAAGUUCUUUAACUGAAAUCCAAAAAAAUGUAAUGUGGAGUAGUGUAUACAUAGAGUCAAUACUGACAUUUAUGAUUGUCAAUAUUGACAUCAAAGUCAAUAUCGAUAUAUAUCCAGGGUUGUUCUUUGCUGUUAUGAUUAUCAUUGAAAAGUCAUCAUUUGGCGGAGUUUAACGUUAAUUACUUCAAACAUAUUCCUGAGAGAAAUUUAUCUCGCAUCUUAUCAAUACAUUUUGAUAUGUCUCAAAUACGUUCCAAUACCUGUUUUGUCAAGCAAAUGUAUAAAGUUUAUUCUCACAUUUUCCCAUGUCUAAUUCUACUUCAGAACCAGUGAGAGCAAAUAUCAAUAUUCAGAGGGGGUGGGGGGUUCGACUAAAGAUGGAACGAAUAAUGAUAUUGAUAUAUAAACCUUAAAUUAAAGAAUUUCUCUAUGCCGCGCGAGGUAUCGGUUAUAUAUAGGCGCGAUAAAUGCAUGUAUGUAUUCACUUUUCAGUGGCGGAUUCAGACGGGAGAAAGGGGUUACGGAGGUUGCAAGACCCCUUCCACCUUUAGCUGAUAUCUUUAAGAAAAAUUGGUUUGGGGUCCACGAUCUCCAAUUUUGGACGGAUAAAGUACCAUCUUUGGUCGAACCCCCCACCCCCUCUGAAUAAUUCUUGAUUCCGCUCCUGAAUAGUUUCUGAUUCUGCCCCGGAACUGUGUAUCUCAACUUGCAUAUCCUCUCUAUGUCGACUUUUAAAGAAAUCCUGUAGGACGCUCCUAUAAUCUACUACCUGUAAAUGUUCACGUAAGGUGAGAUGUAGGACGCGCCUACAAUGUACUAGAUGUUCACGUAAGGUGAGCGAAAUGGUUAAAUUCCAAGACAAUCACUGGACACCAUAGAGCAGUUAAAAAACAAACAAAAACUCUGAUUUAGCAGCAAAUAAAUAAACAUUAUAUAUUGUUAUUUAUUAUAAAAUAACAACUUCAUGUAUAGUGCAUAUUCAUUAUAUUAGUUGAGCAAUUUCAGUGCGAAUCCGCGAAAAUGUAAACUUCCCAGUGUUAUAUAAAUACAACGAUGCAUUAAUCAGUGAUGUGGAAAAACUCCCCAAUGAAACAUACUGGUCGGAAAAUUCAGCUGGUUUAGUAAUUUAAACACCAGCACCUACAGUUUCUCUGUAAUUUUUUAAUUUCUUUCGCAAAUGAACGCGAAAAUUAAUUA